AUGUCAAUCUUGAGUAAAUUUGACUUAAAAACAUAUAUUAGUUUACCGUCUCCAAAAAAUGCAAAUAAUAAACUAGAGCUUAACCAAUAUGAAUUUAAUGAACUAUUAGCCAAGGUUAAUUUAUUAACCGAAAAAAAUAAUAUUGAAUUAGGACUUCGAUUACUUCAUAGCCAUAAUAUACCUUUGGAAGAUGGACAAGCUAUGGUUGAAAAGUUUAGCAAUUAUGAAGGUGAACCUGCGUUCAUCACAUCAGCGGAUUCCCCAAAUAAUUCAUAUCCAGCAAGUUGGAUUUCAAGUAAUGGAGAAUAUUUAGUAUUUGAAUAUUCGACAGACUCAUACGUGAAACGAGUAUAUGAAAAACUUCUUGAAGAUUCAUCUAUCCUGGAUGAAAUCAUUGCCCUCAUCAAGAAUAAUAAACUAGAAUCUUUAAUUGGCCCUUGCAUCUUGACCAGAAAAAUGUUGAGUAAUUUUGACACGAAUAAACGCCAAGCAUUAGUUGAACAUACCAUUAAAGAUGGAGAUGAAUACAUAAAUGUUGUUCAAAGUAAACCGAACGAACCUUCGAUAGUUGGUAUCAAAACAUUAUGGGGUAAUAAAUUGAAUGAAUCCUGUAUUACUUGUAUUCCUUGUGUGUGUUGUGUUGACGAUGAACAUUAA